CGCGCCACCCUCCAGUGACUGACCCUUAAAUUAUUUUAUUUUCCAAAAAUAAAAAAAAAACUGUUUUUCCUCCCUCGGGCACCCCCCACCAAACACUGCCUGCCCCCCAUCUUCCACCAACCCACCCCUAAAUUUUUUUGUUUUCCAAAAAAAAAACUCUCUUUCAAAAAAAAAGUUACCCUUCUCCCUUCGGGCACCCACCCAUGGUUAGAACUAGUACCAACCUUAAACAUAACUGUGGGUGUAGUCCUUGUUACUAGCGGAUAAUAAGUGAUGGUUCUUCACAAAUUCAGGUCUCGAGAUUAAGGAAAGCCAAGGUUUUGACACAACCCUGAAUUGUAAGAGGGAUUUCACCGGAAGCCUUAACAAGAUUUCAGUGACAAGUCACUCUACAGGAAGAUUAGGCAUUGGAAAGACUAAAUCUUUGUUUGAAGCAGAUGGAAACUGACUAGGGUUUUUGGGGUUGCUCCGUUUUGGGUGUCGGGAGACAACUUCAUCUCCUUGGAACAAGAUUACAGUGACAGAUUGUACAUGAAGAUUAGGCAUUGGCAAGAGUGGAUCUUUGCUUGAAAUGGAUUGAAAUUGAGCAGGGUUUUCGGAAUUGCUCCGUUUUGGGUGUCGACAGAUGGCUUCAUCUCCUUCUCGUUGGGACAAGAUUUCAGUGACCAGCUCUACGGGAAGAUCAGGCAUUGGCAAGACUAAAUCUUUGCUUGAAUUAGAUAGAAAUUGAGCAGGGUUUUCGGGAUUGCUUUGUUUUGGGUGUCGAGAGACAACGUCAUCUCCUUGGACAAGAUUUCAGUGACAAACUCCGCAAACUCCACAGAAAGAUCAGACAUUGGUAGGGAUGGCAUUCGGUAAUUCGGUUCUUACAAUAGUUGUACCGAAUACCAAAAAGAAUUAUUUCUGUUCGUUUUUUUCAAUUCAAUUUGGUUUGGUUGAUUCGGUUCGGUUUUUGUUUAGACACUGGUCACGAUUGAAAUUGAUGGUCGCUGGUUGUUGGUCGGCUGCCCUGGUCACGAUAUCCAACUUGGAAAAUGGAAAGUUGGUUCUUAAAAGAGAAGACAAAGGUGCGGCGGAAAAUCAGAAACAAAAACAAAAGUCGAAACUUUUAAAUCUAAUGCUUGUUGGGUGUUGGCAGUUGUUAUUUGCUAAGAAUAAAAAAAGAAAUAAAAUUUAAAAGACAAAUUGAUAUAAUAUUAAUAAUGAUAAUAUAGUAUAUUUCGGUUUACCGAAAUUACAUACCGAAAUAUAAAAAAAAUCGAUUUGGUUCGAUAUUUAUGCUCAGGCGUUGGCAAGACUAAAUCUUUGCUUGAACUAGAUGGAAAUUGAGCAGGGAUUCCGAGAUUGUUCCGUUUUCGGUGUCGAGAGAUGACUUCAUCUACUUGGGACAAGGUUUCGGUGACAAGAUCUACACAAGCUCUACAGGAAGAUUAGGCAUUGGCAAGACUAGAUCUUUGCUUGAAACGCAUGGAAAUUGAGCAGGUUUUCGAGAUUUUUCCGUUCUGGGUGUCGAGAGACCGCUACAUCCCCUUGGGAUUCCAUUUCGGUUGUAGAAAAGGGAUAUUUUUAGGAGUUCUCAGUAUGGAAAUUACUAUGUGAAGCCCUUACAUCAUUUUUUUCUUUUACAACUACUUUUUGGGUCAUUUACACCUUUGAGCUAGUUCUAAUUUUUUAUCUUUCAAUCUAAAUCAUAUUUUUGCGGUGUAUAAUUAUUGCAUUAUUAUAUCUAAUUAGUUAUGCCUUGUGAUUUUAAUAACUUAUGUCGUACUAGGUAUAAAUUUGACUUCUAAGUAUGAAAAGUAAAAAUCAAUAUUUUUGAAGAACAAAUCGUGAAAUUAAAUGUAGUGUUUCUGUAAGGGGAAAGAUUCAUUGUUUUUACUAGAGUAAAUACAUCAAACCCCCUUGAAUGAGUUAAAUGAUAUACAUGGUGCUUACCCUAGUAAAAACAAUGAAUGUUGCCCCCUUCCAGAAAACACUGCAUCUUAAUUGCACGAUUUGUUCUUCAAAAGAAUUGAUUUUUACUUUGAAAUCAAAUUUAUACCUAGGAAGGCAUAAGAUUAAAAGCAUGAGACAUAAUUAAUAAGAUAUUAUAAUGUAAAAUUAUACUUCGCAAAAAUAGAUUGAGAGAUAAAAAUUAAAACUAGCUGAAAAAGUGUAAAGGACCCAAAAAGUUGUUGUAAGGAAAAAAAGAUAGAAAAUUAGGCAUUCACAUGGUAAUCUCCGUGGUAAAAACUCCCACAUAUUUUCCCUUUCCGCAACCCAAAUGGAAUCCCAAGGGGGUGUAGCGGUCUCUCGACACCCAAAACGGAGCAAUCUCGGAAACCUGCUCAAUUUCCAUAUGUUUCAAGCAAAGAUCUAGUCUUGUCAAUGCCUAAUCUUCCUGUAGAGCUUGUCAUCGAAACCUUGUCCAAAAAGAUUAGGUCGUCUCUCGACACCCAAAACGGAGCAAUCUCGAAAUCCCUACUCAAUUUCCAUCUGGUUCAACCAAAGAUUCAGUCUUGUCAAUGCCUAGGGUUUGGCAUAAGUAUCGAACCGAACCAAAUUUUUUUGAUAUUUCGGUUUCAAUAUGUAAUUUAGGUUUAAACAAAACAAUACUAUUUUAUCAUUAUUAAUAUUAUAUCAAUUUGUUUUUAAGAUUUUAUUUCUUUUUUUAUUCUUAGCAAAUAACAACUGCCACCCAAACUAGCAUUAGGUUUACAAGUUCCAACUUUUGUUUCUGAUUUCCGCCGCACCUUCGUCUUCUCUUUCAAGAACCAACUUUCCACUUUUCAAGUUGGACAUCACGUCCAGGGCGGCCGACCAGCAAUUUCAACCGCGUCCAACCAAAUUGAAUUUUGAAAAAACGAACUGAAAUGAUUCGGUUGGUAUUCGGUACAACUAUUGCAAGAACCGAAUGCGGCAUCCUUACCAUUGCCUAAUCUUCCGGUAGAGUGUCACUGAAAUCUUGUCCCAAUGAGAUGAAGUUGUCUCUCUACACCCAAAACGGAGCAAUCCCGAAAACCCUGCUCAAUUUUAAUCUGUUUCAAGCAUAGAUUCAGUCUUGCCAAUGUCUGAUCUUCCUGUAGAGCUGGUAACUGAAAUCUUGUCCCAAGGAGAUGAAGCCAUCUCUCAACACCCAAAACGGAGCAAUCCCGGAAACCCUGCUCAAUUUCAAUCCGUUUCUAGCAAAGAUUCAGUCUUGCCAAUGCCUAAGCUUCAUGUAGAGUCUGUCACUGAAAUCUUGUCCCAAGGAGAUGAAGUUGUCUCUCGACACCCAAAACGGAGCAAUCCCGAAAACCCUAGUCAAUUUCCAGCUGUUUCAAGCAAAGAUUCAGUCUUGCCGAUGCCCAAUCUUCCUGUAGAGCUCGUCACUGAAAUCUUGUUAAGGCUUCCGGUGAAAUCCCUCUUACAAUUCAGGUCUGUGUCAAAACCUUGGCAUUCCUUAAUCUCUAGACCUGAAUUUGUGAAGAACCAUCUCUUAUUAUCCGCUAGUAACAAGGACUACACCCACCAUGGAGUUAUGUUUAAGGUUGCUAGUAGUGAUAGCCAUGGUAUCAUAGACUGUUCUCUUAGUUCUUUACUUCACCAUCCUGUAACGGAGGCAAUUGACUUGGAUUAUCCAGGUAAAUAUCCCAAAGACCAUCGCUAUCCUGUGAUUGUGGGUUCUGUCAAUGGAUUGAUUUGCCUUUCCAUUAGUCUAUUUAACGGAGUACAAGAAUUGUAUCUGUUGAAUCCAUCAAUUAGAAAGUAUAAUAGACUGCCUAAUUAUAGAGUUCAUCGACCCCGUGGUUACUGUUUGGAGGAACGCCGUGGUAAGUGCAACUUUGGUUUUGGAUAUGAUGAGCUCCAAGAUGAUUACAAGGUAGUGGGCAUUUUCCCUGUUUACAAACGUAUGCAGCUGUGUCGUGUUGAGGUCCAUAUAUAUAGUCUAAGAAGUAAUUCUUGGAGACGUAUAAACGACUCUGCUUUGGAUUUUUUGCAUGUUUCGGGCAAGCUUGUGAAUAGAAAACUUUAUUGGCUUCAAACCAGCGGGAAUAUCAGUUCUAUUGACUUGGGUAAUGAGAAAUGGACAGAGAUAGAAAAGCCUUCCAAUUUUAAGGAAUAUGGUCAUUUCGUACUAGGAGUGCUUGGAAGUGAUCUUUCUGUGUUGUGUAAUUACAAGAAUUGUCAUGCAGAUGUUUGGAUUAUGAAAGAGUGUGAAGUAAAAGCAUCUUGGACAAAGAUGCUUACUAUCUGUGCUGAAAAUGACGGUAUGCUACAUAUACGUGAACCACCCUUGUUAGUGACAAAUGAAGGUGAUAUUUUACUUGAAAUUGGAUCACGUAUGGCGAAAUAUAAUCCAACGGAUAAUUCAUUCAGAUAUCUAGAUGUUACUAACUUUGCUCCAUAUAUUGAGGCAGGAAUCUACAUUAAGAGUCUAGUUUGUCCCUUUUCACACAAGGGACAACGCAUGCAAAACCAACGGAAGUUCCUCUAACUUAGAUGACGACAACCGUGUGUCUAAUAACAUGAUACUUGCGUUGGUCGGUCUGAAGGAUCCUUACUCUCUGUGGAGAGGCUCAACAGCUGGUUCAGGAGCGCACCUCCAGCUGUUAUCGCUAUGAGUAUGACUACAAAGUUAUUCAACAAAAAGUCAGAAAAGAGUACUUAGAAGACGGUUCGAGUAUUAUUUACAGAUUAAUGAAGUGUUUAUCUCUUUCCAGAGCACAAUACAGAGAGAAAACUAUGAAACUUUGCUGUUUUUCUCUGCAGACAGACACUUGGUUUUCUUCUCCUGUGUUUUAUUGUCUCAAAUUUAUUAAGUACUGGGUUGUUUCUUGUUUGCUUUCAUAAAAUUGCGUGAUCUUUUUUUGUGAAGAGAAUGAUAAAAAUACUAAGUGAAGUUUGAUUGAAGGGUAUAUAUGUCAUUCACCCUUGCCAACGAAAGGAGUAGGUCGAGCUUGUUGCA